ACGACCCCGGCCUGCUGCUGUUCCUCCGGGAGGACGGCCACUCCCGGGACGAUGACGACGACGACGAGGAGGAGGACCGGUCCCCCGGCGGAGGGGAGGAGGAGAAGGACCGGUCCCUCGGCGGAGGGGUGGAGGAGAAGGACCGGUCUCCCGUCGGAGGAGCGGAGAAGGACCGGUCUCCCGUCGGAGGGGCGGAGGAGGAGGACCGGGCCCCCGUCGAAGGGGCGGAGGAGGAGGACCGGUCUCCCGGCGGAGGAGCGGAGGAGAAGGACUGGUCCCUCGACGCAGGGACGGAGGAGGAGGACCAGUCCCCCGUCGGAGGGGCGGAGGAGAAGGACUGGUCCCCCGUCGGAGGAGCGGAGGAGAAGGACUGGUCCCCCGUCGGAGGGGCGGAGGAGAAAAACCGGUCUCCCGGCGGAGGAGCGGAGAGGGACCGGUCUCCCGGCGGAGGAGCGGAGAGGGACCGGUCCCCCGUCGGACGGACGGCGGAGGAGGAGGAGGACCGGCCCCCCGACGGCGGGAAGGACCGCCAGUUGGACGGCCCCGGGGCCUUCCGCAACUUGAGGACCCGCAGCGCCGGGCAGCUGGAGCUGGGCCGCCUCCAGGUGUCCCGGCGGGAGGCCCCGCGGCCCGCCUGCCCCCGGGAGCGGCCCUUGGAGGCGGAGCGGCCCGCCGAGAGUACGCCUGGAGGGGAGCCGAGGGCCUCGCCCCGCAGCCCCCAGUGCGGGCAGCUGCGGAGGAGCUUGAGCUUCAGGCACCGUCCCGGCGGGGAGCGGCGCGGGGCGCCAACCCUCAGCCAGGACCGGCCGCCGGGCAGCUCGGGCGGCCUGGCCCCGGGGGUGCCGGGGGUGCCGGGGGUCCCGGGCUCCCCGCCCCCGGAGAAGCGCAACACCCUGGACGUGGGCGAGGUGCUCAGCAAGACCGAGUCCCUGUCGGACCUGGAGCGCUGGGAGCGGAGCAAGAGCAAGAACCGGACCCUCGAUAACAGCGACUUGCAGCGGCUGGAGCGGGCCCGGGCCGGGAGCGGGAGCGGCCCCGCCUCCGACCGCCGCCUGCUGCGCUUCUUCAGCGGCAUCUUCGCCCGCCGGGACCCCGGCCCCGGCCCCGGCUCGCCCCGAGGAGGCUGCUCUCGCCCCCGCGGAUACUUCGGCAGCCUCAAGCGGCCCGUCCUCGACGGCCGCUCCAGCAGCGAGAGCAUCCACGGAUCCCCCCGGAAAGAUGCCUUUGUAAACAGUCAAGAAUGGACUCUAAGUCGAUCAGUACCAGAGCUGAAAGUGGGAAUUGUAGGUAAUUUAGCUAGCGGCAAGUCGGCUCUGGUACAUCGAUACCUCACAGGCACCUAUGUCCAAGAGGAGUCACCAGAAGAUAUGGAUGCAGGUGGGAGAUUCAAGAAAGAGAUAGUUGUUGAUGGACAGAGCUAUUUGUUGCUGAUUCGAGAUGAAGGGGGCCCUCCAGAGGCACAGUUUGCCAUGUGGGUGGAUGCUGUAAUAUUCGUCUUCAGCUUGGAGGAUGAAAUAAGCUUCCAGACGGUGUACCACUACUAUAGUCGGAUGGCCAACUAUCGCAACACUAGUGAAAUCCCAAUGGUACUAGUGGGAACCCAGGAUGCCAUAAGUUCCAGUAAUCCACGGGUUAUUGAUGAUGCAAGAGCAAGGAAGUUGUCCAAUGAUUUGAAGAGAUGCACUUAUUACGAGACCUGUGCUACAUAUGGACUGAACGUGGAGAGGGUCUUCCAAGAUGUUGCCCAGAAGAUUGUAGCGAUGAGGAAGAAACAGCAGCUUUCAAUAGGGCCCUGCAAGUCAUUACCAAACUCUCCUAGUCACUCCUCUGUGUGUUCAGCUCAAGUAUCUGCUGUGCAUAUAAGCCAGACAAGUAACGGAGGUGGGAGUUUAAGUGACUAUUCCUCCUCUGUCCCGUCCACCCCAAGCACCAGCCAGAAGGAGCUUCGAAUUGAUGUUCCUCCUACUGCCAAUACCCCCACACCUGUCCGAAAGCAGUCCAAACGCCGGUCCAACCUUUUCACGUCUCGGAAAGGGAGCGACCCAGACAAAGAGAAGAAAGGUCUGGAGAGUCGAGCCGAUAGCAUUGGCAGCGGUCGUGCAAUACCAAUUAAACAGGGUAUGCUGCUGAAGCGAAGUGGCAAAUCAUUGAAUAAGGAAUGGAAAAAGAAGUAUGUGACCCUGUGUGACAAUGGAGUACUGACAUAUCAUCCAAGUUUACAUGAUUAUAUGCAGAAUGUUCAUGGAAAAGAGAUUGACCUUCUAAGAACCACUGUGAAAGUCCCAGGAAAGAGGCCACCUCGAGCAACUUCAGCCUGUGCCCCUAUCUCCAGCCCAAAAACCAAUGGCCUGUCCAAAGACAUGAGCAGUUUGCAUAUCUCACCAAAUACAGGGAAUGUUACUACUAGUACGUCUGUGUCUCAGAUGGCAAGUGGCAUCAGCCUAGUCUCCUUCAACAGUCGCCCUGAUGGCAUGCAUCAACGCUCUUACUCCGUCUCCAGCGCUGACCAGUGGAGCGAGGCCACAGUCAUUGCAAAUUCUGGCAUCAGCAGUGAUACAGGUUUGGGAGAUUCUGUGUGUUCUAGUCCAAGUAUAUCAAGUACCACCAGCCCCAAACUUGAUCCUCCUCCGUCUCCUCAUGCAAACAGAAAGAAGCAUCGAAGGAAGAAAAGCACUAGCAAUUUUAAAGCUGAUGGUAUCUCAGGCACGGCUGAAGCCAAACGCAAAGCAUGGAAACUAAACCGUGUUGGUAGCCUGCGAAAUAUAUACAGCAGCAGCAGUACCAACACCGAAGAACAAGAAGAAAACUUUGAGUUUAUCAUUGUGUCCCUCACUGGCCAGACAUGGCACUUUGAAGCUACCACAUAUGAAGAGAGAGAUGCAUGGGUACAAGCCAUAGAAAGUCAGAUCCUGGCCAGUUUACAGUCAUGUGAGAGCAGCAAGAAUAAGUCCCGAAUGACAAGCCAGAAUGAAGCCGUGGCCCUACAGUCAAUAAGAAACAUCAGAGGAAAUUCUCACUGUGUGGAUUGUGAGACACAAAACCCCAACUGGGCAAGUUUGAACCUGGGAGCCCUUAUGUGUAUUGAAUGCUCAGGGAUACACCGGAACCUCGGCACCCACCUUUCUCGUGUCCGGUCGCUUGACCUAGAUGACUGGCCCAUUGAGCUCAUCAAGGUGAUGUCGUCCAUUGGAAAUGAGUUAGCAAACAGCAUCUGGGAAGAGAGCAUCCAGGGACGAAUGAAACCUUCAUUGGACUCCACAAGGGAAGAAAAAGAACGUUGGAUCCGGGCAAAAUAUGAACAGAAACUCUUCCUCGCCCCACUGCCCUGCAUGGACCUGUCCCUGGGCCAGCACCUGCUGAGAGCCACUGCUGAUGAAGAUUUACGGACGGUCAUCCUGCUGCUUGCCCAUGGCUCCCGGGAAGAAGUGAACGAGACCUGCGGAGAGGCGGAUGGGCGUACCGCUCUCCACUUGGCCUGCCGAAAGGGGAAUGUCGUCUUAGUUCAACUCUUAAUUUGGUAUGGCGUUGACGUCAUGGCCCGCGAUGCCCAUGGAAACACAGCUCUGGCCUACGCCAGACAAGCCACAAGUCAAGAGUGCAUUGACAUUCUCCUGCAGUAUGGCUGUCCUGACGAGCGCUUUGCCCUCAUGGCGACUCCCAACCUGUCCAGGAAGAACAAUAACAGAAACAACAGCAGUGGACGGAUGCCCACCAUCAUCUGAGCAGUGGGACCACCGACUGGCUGACGCAAAUAAAAUCAGCGGCCGCAUUACUCCAUUUCUCUUUGCUGUUGUAACCUGUGAGUCUCAUGUCGCCUUCCUGGCCUCUCUCUCCACCUCUGUCCCCCUUCAGCCCGACCCACCAAGCAGAAUAGAGUCACCGAUAUGGACAUUAUGAAGAGAAGAGGAGAUGGAGUUGCAGAAUCCCUUCAUCUUUAUAAAGAUCCCAUAUGAUUAACACUGAAAGGGGAGGAAAAGAAGAGGUCCCACAUUCUGAUUUUCACACAUGAUAUGGGACCAUUUGCCUGGUCACCUGGGGGUGGGGUGUCUCCAAGUGUCGGGGGAGGGACUGGGGGAAGCAGGUAGAGGAGAAGAAAGAGAAAUGGUAACUUUCCUUAACUGGCAGUUAAGCACAUCAGUACAUUUCACCUCUACCAAACGGAACACUUGGGUUUCAUUCUCUUCUCCGAAGAGCUUGACGGCAUAAAUCAGAAGCAAGCACAGAGUUUGUCAGGUUUGAAGCUCCUAUGAUGGUAUGUGUCAAAUCAGUUGUAGCUAAUCUGUCCAGGGAGAAUACUGGCUUCAUUACACUUGUAUAGUUGAGUUCUUCCAGCAUUACCGCUGUUUAAUAGAACAUGAUUAGUCAUCACGGAGAAAAAAGCAUAUUAGCUGAGGAGGUAGUUACACGGCACGCUUCGGUGAUUGCUUGGAUGUGAUUGCAAUAUUCUUAGAAGCAUCAUAUUAUCUCAGACAUGUUCUUUCGAGCCCUUGGAGCCUCCUUUCUAAAUUCACUGUCAUAAUUUAGUAUCUGUUUAAUUUUUCAGUCCAAAGAGAGAAAACCAGUUGCUGAGUGUUAUUUGACUGCAGUCUCCUUGGUGUAA